UAUUUUGCACUAAAUUUGAACUUUGCUAAUGGUGUUUUAAGUUUAGAGGUUAUGAUAACUUGUAAAAUGUCUUCACCAAGCCGUCUCCAAAUCCUUACUUUAUACAAAGAGCUGUUAAGGUACGGACAGCAACUGAAAUUCACAGAUAAGGCCUACUUCAAGAGACGUAUCAAGGAUGAGUUUUAUUCUAACCGUAAGUUAAGUGAGCCUGAAGAGAUAACCAUCCAGUUUGAGAAGGGCGUUAAUUUACUGGUGAAGCAUGCAGUAAAAUGAUGUAACUGAAUCAAAUAUGCACUAGUAGACACCAACUAGGUGUAUGUUUAAAUAGAAGACUGCUGGAGGCUCCAUGCUGAGAUUUACCAUUACUAAGAAAACAGUAGAGAAAUGCAUGCAAAAAUGCUCAGAAUGUAAUAAAAAUAUAUUGCUAUUUUCGUAAUGUAUAAUUAUAGAAGUAUGUUGUCCUGCAUUAUUUUUAUUAAAUUUUGUUACCUUUACAUACUGAUGUAUCGGUCCGAGUAAAGAUAACGGGGCCACACAGGAUAACUGUUGAAAUGUAUUCUACUAGACUCUAGAAGACUAUCCGUAGCGAGAUUUUUGAAAAAAUCGCUUAAAAAAUGCAAAUUAAAAUUGCCGCUUUGACGUUCUAAAUGACUCCGUCGGUACCCCGGCAUAGACAUCCAUCUUGACACAUAACCUUGUCAUUCUGGAUAGCAGCGUUUGCCAGCUCAUCGGACGAUGCGCUACCUCUGCUAUUUUGAUAGAAUUUUGAAAAAAAUAUUGUAUACCAAUUAAUGAUCCUGUAAUUUUAGGUCAAAU